AUGGCACUUGUUGACCAGAGUAUCUGGCUACGAUGGCUACUUAGCAACGUCACCAGUCGGUCGCCAGGUGUUGUCUUUAAGGAUAUUGUUUUAUACAUAAUGUUUGUCGUGGAGAGUACCACCUUGUCUCUGAUGAUGAUGCAGUUCGCGCUCCUAGUCCUACACACCGUCAACGCGGUUAAGCUCAUCAACAGGCGUCUUGAAAUUAUUUUAUUAAAUCUAGAAAGUAAAAAGCUUAUCUUAGCAGAGGAAGUAAAUGUUUCAACGCCUUUAUACGACAAUAUAAAAAUACCAUUAUCCUCAAUCAAUAGAACGAUAGAUAUGUUAGGGAAUAUCAACCAAAUUGUGAUUGCAGAUCCAUCUGGAAAUCACAAUAACACUGAAAACAUGCGUUUACUAGUUAAAACAUUUGAUUCUAUUUGCGAAGCUCUAAGAAAACUUAACAGAUACUUUGACAUAGAGAUACUUAUUGAAACUCUACUAUAUGCAUUUUCGAUAUGGCGUGUCUUCAACGUUUUUGUCGAAGUGAUGUAUUUUGCAACAGAUACACCAAAAUAUAUUGAAUUUAUAAAGUUUAUAAGCUGGGGAGUUUACUAUUUAUUGCAACUCUAUACAUUAAUAGAACCGUUUUAUCAAAUAGGGAUAGAAGUGGAGCAAACUCGCUUUCUGUUGAGUCAAAUGAUGACCAAAGUGGAUUCUUCUGAUGAUCUUCUGUGGGUAGAAGUUAACAAGUUCAAUACUUUACUCUCUUAUCAGAACUUCUCUCAUGCUGCUGCCAAUAUCUGUAAUCUUGAUAGAGCACUUGUUCUUAAAAUAAUCAGUGCAGUCGUAACAUUCUCAGUAACGUUGCUUGAUUUAACUAAAUAGAGUUUAGUGUUAAUUGAUCGAGUUAAGUAUGUUAGUACUUAAAAUGUAGAGAUCACUGUGUUACC